UCUAUUCAUAUCAGCUACACUUCCAAAAUCGCUCCUCGCGUUCGGUGAUAAAUUCCGGCCAUAUCUCCUCAACUCCGACCAAUCCCCGCCGGAGUUGUUGUAUCCUCAGCUACGACGUCGUUUGAAUUCACUUUCCUAUUUGCAUGAGCCUCCUUCCUCUCCACUUUCCCCCUCUCCAUUUGCACUCCAAAACCCUAAUACCUCACACCGCCGACCCUCCGCCGGCGCGAUUACUCUUCAGAAUGAAGGACCGACCGCCGUCUGCUUACGGCGGGAUCUACGUGCCUCCGCACCACCGCUUCCCAUCUUCGAACACCGCCGCAACCGCAUCCGCCCCGAAUGAUUCGAAGCCUAUGAAUGUGACUACUCAAUGUGAUGCUGAGAAACGAGAGUCGUUUAAUAGUGUAAGAGUUACUAGUAAUGGCAACAGUGAAGCCGCAAAAUCUUAUCCCUACUUGCCACCUCAUCACUAUCAGAAGCAAGUUCAGCAGCAGAAGGAAAAGUCAGGCCGCGAGGAGGUGGCUCAGCAAGUUUCUGAUCGCCCAGUCGUGUUUUCAGCACAAGCUGGUUCUUUAUCCUCAGAGAAUGCUAAUACAUGGGAAUGGAGGUUGAAUGCCCUGUUACAUGAUAAGGAUAAGCAAGAGGUAGUGUCAAGAGAGAAAAAAGAUAGAAGAGAUUUUGAUCAAAUAGCAGCUGUAGCUAGCAGAAUGGGCUUAUAUAGCCACCUCUAUACGAAGGUAGUUGUUGUCAGUAAAUUCCCAUUGCCGCACUAUCGGUUUGAUCUUGAUGACAAACGUCCCCAGAGAGAGGUAAUCGUGGCUCCUGGUCUGCAAAAGCGUGUGGAUGCUUAUCUUGUCAAUUACAUUUCUGGAAAGCGUAAGAGCGUGGAUGCUAUGUCAAGAUCAAGUAGUAGUAAUGGUAGCAUUGCUACCGAUGACAGCCUUUUUGAGCAACCAGAGCCACUUCCACAUAGCAACACUGCCAUGGAGAAAAUUUUCUGGAGAAGAAGUAUGGAGAUGUAUGAGAAACAACGCAACUGGCAGGAAUCUCCUGAAGGAAGAAAUAUGAUGGAGUUCCGUAAAAGUCUCCCUGUUUACAAGGAGAAAGAUUCUAUGUUAAGUGCCAUUUCACUGAACCAGGUUGUCCUCAUAUCUGGUGAAACUGGUUGUGGUAAGACCACCCAAAUUCCCCAAUUGAUUUUGGAAUCUGAGAUAGACUCUCUGCGUGGGGGCAUGUGCAAUAUUAUAUGUACCCAACCUCGAAAGAUAUCUGCCAUGUCUGUAUCUGAGAGGAUUGCAACAGAGAGAGGGGAGAAAUUGGGGGAAACAAUUGGAUAUAAAGUUCGGCUAGAGGGUAUGAAAGGAAGGGAUACCCACCUCCUCUUUUGCACAACUGGCAUCUUGUUGCGCAGAUUAUCACUCGAUAGAAGCUUAAAGACCGUAACACAUAUUAUUGUUGAUGAAAUUCACGAACGUGGGAUUAAUGAAGAUUUUCUGCUUAUUGUUUUGAAAGAUCUUCUUCCUCGUCGACCGGACCUAAGGCUUGUCUUGAUGAGUGCAACCUUAGAUGAAAAACUCUUCUCAUCAUACUUUAGUGGGGCUCCAAGGCUCCAUAUUCCUGGAUUUACUUAUCCAGUUCAGACCUAUUUCCUAGAAAGUAUUCUGGAGAUAACAGGAUACAAGUUGACGCCUCAUAAUCAAAUAGAUGAAUAUGGUAUGGACAAGGCAUGGAAAAUGAGCAAACAAGUACCUAGAAAGAGAAAGAGCCAAAUUGCUUCGGCAGUUGAGGAUACACUUAGUGAUGCUGAAUUCAAGGACUAUAGUGCUCAGACAAGGGAGUCUCUGUCUUGCUGGAAUCCAGAUUGUCUUGGUUUCAACCUUAUAGAAUAUCUUCUGUGCACGAUAUGUGAAAACGAAAGACCAGGUUCUGUUUUAGUGUUUAUGACUGGGUGGGAUGACAUAACAGCUCUGAAGGACAAGCUUCAAGCUCAUCCUGUUGUAGGAGAUGCAAAUCGGGUUUUGUUACUGGCGUGCCAUGGUUCUAUGGGCAGUGCAGAACAGAAAUUGAUUUUUGACAGACCCCAAGAUGGAAUAAGAAAGGUUGUUCUAGCCACAAAUAUUGCUGAGACUAGUAUCACUAUUGAUGAUGUAGUUUUUGUUAUUGAUUGCGGGAAGGCAAAAGAGGCAUCAUAUGAUGCGCUAAACAACACUUCUUGUUUGCUUCCUUCCUGGAUCUCAAAGGUUUCAGCCAAGCAAAGAAGAGGAAGAGCUGGUCGUGUUCAGCCAGGAGAAUGCUACCAUCUUUAUCCAAAAUGUGUAUUUGAUGGUUUUGCUGAAUAUCAAUUACCAGAGAUUCUGAGAACUCCACUGCAAUCCCUUUGUUUACAAAUCAAGAGUCUAAAGCUUGGGGGUAUCUCUGAGUUCUUAUCUAGGGCAUUGCAGUCACCUGAAUAUCUUGCGGUUCAAAACGCUAUAGAAUACCUAAAGAUUAUUGGGGCUUUAGAUGAGAGUGAGAAUUUAACUGUUUUGGGUCGCUACUUGACAAUGCUUCCCAUGGAGCCCAAACUUGGGAAAAUGCUUAUAUUAGGUGUCAUUUUUAAUUGCUUGGAUCCCAUAUUAAGUGUUGUUGCUGGUCUAAGUGUCCGUGAUCCUUUCUUAGCUCCAUUGGAUAAGAAAGAUCUGGCAGAGGCGGCAAAAGCUCAAUUUUCACAUGACUUCAGCGACCAUCUUGCUCUUGUCCGAGCAUAUGAAGGUUGGAAAGUUGCUGAUAAAGAACUCAAUGCUUAUGAAUAUUGUUGGAAAAACUUUCUGUCUGCACAAUCAAUGAAAGCUAUUGAUUCCCUUCGUACGGAGUUCUACUCUUUGCUGAUGGACGCAGGACUUGUGGAUAGCAACCCAAUUACUUAUAAUGUCUGGAGCUAUGAUGAGAAUCUACUCCGUGCAGUUAUUUGUUAUGGCUUGUAUCCAGGAAUUUGUUCUGUUGUGCACAAUGAAAGAUCAUUCUCUCUCAAAACAAUGGAAGAUGGGAAUGUGCUUUUGUACUCUAACUCUGUGAACGCACGUAACUCAAGAAUACCAUACCCAUGGUUUGUUUUCAAUGAAAAGAUCAAGGUGAAUUCUGUGUUUCUGCGUGAUUCAACAGCUGUAUCUGAUUCCAUGAUUCUGUUAUUUGGUGGAAACAUCUUGAGAGGUGACACGGAUGGCCACUUAAAAAUGUUGGGUGGAUACUUGGAAUUCUUUAUGGAUCCUGCUCUGGCAAAAAUGUACGAGAGUUUGAAGCUGGAGCUUGACGAAUUAAUUCAGACGAAACUUCUAAACCCCACGAUGGACAUACACUCGUAUCACGAACUCAUCUCUGCCAUCCGUCUGCUGAUCUCGGAAGAUCGUUGUGGUGGCAGAUUUGUGUUUAACCAUCAGUUGCUGCUGCCUUCGAAUCCACCCCUUUCAGCAAUGACAGAAGCACAAAAAUCAGCUUCAAUACACAACACAGAAAGUGGUCCUGGUGGCGAUAACUCUAAGAGCCAGCUACAGACGUUGCUGACACGUGCAGGCUAUGCCGCACCCAGCUACAAAACUAAGCAACAAAAGAACAGCCAAUUUCAGUCGACAGUUGCAUUUAACGGCAUGGAGAUAAUGGGGAAGCCUUGCAACAACAAGAAGCUGGCUGAGAAAGACGCAGCAGCUGAGGCUCUGCAGUAUCUGCUUGGAGGGAACGGAUCAUGUCGUGACCGUCUCGACCUCGUGUCGAUAAUGUUGAAAAGAAGCAAGAAAGAUCACAAGUAGUUUUGCAUAUAUUGUGGCAUCCUGCAGGCGGCAAGGUAUCACAGAUAGUUCCCACCGUCCUAGCUAGAUAUGCUUUACUGCAAUGCGAAUUCCCAAGGUGGUCGUUCAGCAUUGGAGUCCAAUGCUGAACCAUCAACCAAGAAAGUUGCAGGUUCGAGAUGAAGUAUUUUGCUGUCUUCUACGAUCGAAACCUAAAUCUUGUGCAGAGGCUGCUAUGUACUGUCUAAUGUUGUGGGUGUUGGUACAACUGUGGUUUGCUGCAUCUACUCAACUGAGGACCAAUGGUUUUUGACCGAUGAAGUCUAGGAUCCUGUUGGACUCGGAAAUGAACGCGACGUUUUGCCUCUAGUCAAGAAAUGGUAGAUACUUUUAAUCCCCUUGAUCCCUCCCUUUUUGUAUACUAGUAAAUUUUAAUGGUCGAUUGUAUUUUUUGCUUCAUCAAACAAUCAACCGCUUGUAUAUGAGUACUUACAACAUGAUUUUCCCAUUUCUUCUAUCAACUUGUCCUUUAUGGUUGA